UUCCCGACGGUUGCAAUUUCGUGCGGAACCCGGAAGCUGGGGCGAGCCUGACUUCGCGUCUGAAGCCAGUGAGAUGCGUAAAUUGAGCCGUUGACGUUUUGUGCGAUGGACUAAGGUGCUGAAAAUCGGCUAUUCUUGCAUUCGCUCCCUUGCGAUUCCCUUUAAGCCUGUGGGAUUAACGGCCUCGCUACGUCUAGCUGGCUGGCGUACGGAACACUCACUUCGUGACAAGCUACACAGAAAGAGUAGCUGGCUGGCUAUCGGGCCAGCUAGCCGUAUCGUCGGGUCCAUCACAUUACAAAGCAUCGCUGCUAUUAAGCUGCGCAACACGCAGAGUAGAGACUAUGGAGCCAUCGGAGCAGGCUGUUCCAGACUCAGGUUCCCAGGAGGUGAAUCCUGUUUACCUUCAGCAGCUAAGGGAACUGGACAUUCCAGAGGAGGCUGCAAAGCAGGCACUUCUACACACCCGGAACGUUUCUGCUGAGGAAGCAGCCAUGUACUAUUUCAACAAACUGGAAAAUGAGGAGGAAGGUGACGAGGAUUUGAUGUUUAAGAUGGUGUUCAUUGUAAACAUGGACCUGUCUAUGGGGGUGGGGAAGGUGGCUGUGCAGGUGGGGCACGCAGCGGUGGGCCUGUACCAGGCGCUACAGGAGAAGAACAGCUGGAGAGAAAUGGCCUGGAAGUGGGACCAUGCUGGGGCGAGGAAGGUCGUGGUGCAGGGCACUAACAUGGCACACCUGUUAGAGCUCCAGGCUUUGGCCAUGAGUCUUAACCUACCUACUUACUUGGUCCAGGAUGCCACCCGCACCCAGGUGGAGUCUGGCUCGUGCACUGUUUUGGCCAUCAUGGGAGAGGAGGAAAUGGUCAACAACGUGAUCGGGAGCCUGAAGCCGCUGUAAAGACCCAGAUGGGACUUGCUUGGCCAUGCAGCAGCGGCACACAGACAGCAGGGGGCAGCAGCUGGCCGAAACAGAGGAGUCUCCGCAUGCAAUGGUGUAUAAUAAAUAAAACAUGAGCAAGCCACACUUACACACACAGCCAUUUUUAUUCUACUCCCUUUCUGUACGACCGGCUGGGGGUUGCAGGAGAGGAAUGCUGCUUAAGAUAGGGGAACGACUGGUUCUGCAGCAUGUUCUAAUUGACUGAAAGUAAAUAAUAGAUUGAAUUUCAGAAAAAUUAGGUGAAAUUAUCAUUUAAAUAUAACUUAGUAGCUAGUUAAAGUAGUCCUUUAUGAAGACAGAUCACAGAUCAAUCUGAUUAUGAACCACGACAUCUAUCAUUCUCUCCUUAUACUGAAAAUACUUCUUGGUGAAGGAGCUGAAAAACCAAGUUAUUUUAAGCAUAUUUAUUGUUGAAGCAGUUGUGCAAUCCAGUUUGUUGUACUGACAUCAUUUUGGAACCUGGAGUUUUAUCUUUUGUCAUACUGGCAGGGUUCUGUUGGUAAAGACUUGGGAGUUUCUCACUUAAGACCUGUGCUGACAGACACAAGACCAUGUAUACUGUAGACCGUCUUUUCCAUUUCAAUGUUUUAUAAAUCGUGUUGUCUUUAAUCUUCUGAGGUCUUUGUGGAAUCACAUUGUUUUUAAAGAGGAAAAUGUUAUUUUGUUUAUAAUGCCUACACUUAGGAAUGUGUUGCAUUAAGCAGUUUUUUUUUUGUUUUGAAUGUCUUAAUUUGUGUAUUUUUGUGCUUGCCAGAGAAACACUUAAGGGCCUCAGCCUCACCAUACCAAGAUGAUGUAUAUUUGUGCAUAAAAAUAGGUCUUUUCUUUUGGGGGGUUCAUGGUACCUAGAGCACACAUUGUAGGAACUGUGUGCAGGUUCAUUGCAUUAGCAGUCUGGUAGUGGUUGGGAAGUCAUCACGUGCUCCUUGUGAGUAAUCACACUAAAUACGUUUGUCCUAUGUGUUGUGGCUGUACGUUACUGUUGGAAGCAUUUGCAUUUUUAAUAUAAUGCACUGUAGAAUCAUAUUACUUUUUCUAAGGGAUGUGUGUUUACUAUAUAAGUAUCGUUUUGACAUUUGUAGCAUGGAUGAACUUAAUUCUUGAAUAUGAAUGACAGAAAAUUUAUAUUCUCGAUAUUUAAAUGGAAAUUUAAGACGAUGUCUAACAAAAAUGAAAAUUCUUUCAUUAAUAAAUGUUAGGCUCUGUGCCCUAUCUAUACCCUGAA